GCGGAGGCGGGCGUGCGGCGGAGCCGCGUCCCCUCAGAGGGGCGCUGGCGCGGGGCUGAGCCGCCCGUGAUCAGCGCGAGCACCCAGCCCGCCUCGGCCGGGACGGCAGCGCGGCACGGCGGGGCGAUGAGCGGCGCCCGGGGCGAGGGCCCGGAGGCGGGCGCCGGCGGGGCUGGGGGCCGCGCGGCGCCUGAGAACCCCGGGGGCGUGCUGAGCGUGGAGCUGCCCGGGCUGCUGGCGCAGCUGGCGCGGAGCUUCGCGCUGCUGCUGCCCGUGUACGCGCUGGGCUACCUGGGGCUCAGCUUCAGCUGGGUUCUCCUCGCGCUCGCGCUGCUCGCCUGGUGUCGCCGCAGCCGCGGCCUCAAGGCCCUGCGCCUGUGCCGCGCGCUGGCGCUGCUGGAAGACGAGGAGCGCGUCGUGCGCCUGGGGGUGCGCGCCUGCGACCUGCCCGCCUGGGUUCAUUUUCCAGACACUGAAAGAGCAGAAUGGCUAAAUAAGACUGUAAAACACAUGUGGCCUUUCAUUUGCCAAUUUAUAGAGAAGUUGUUUCGAGAAACUAUAGAACCAGCCGUGCGGGGAGCAAACACCCACCUUAGCACCUUUAGUUUCACGAAGGUCGACGUGGGCCAGCAGCCCCUCAGGAUCAAUGGUGUUAAGGUAUACACUGAAAAUGUAGACAAAAGGCAAAUUAUUUUGGACCUUCAGAUUAGUUUUGUAGGAAAUUGUGAGAUUGAUUUGGAGAUCAAACGAUAUUUUUGUAGAGCUGGUGUGAAAAGUAUCCAGAUUCAUGGUACCAUGCGGGUGAUCCUGGAACCGUUGAUUGGAGAUAUGCCCUUAGUCGGAGCUUUGUCUGUCUUCUUCCUUAGGAAACCACUUUUAGAAAUUAACUGGACAGGACUGACGAAUCUUCUGGAUGUCCCUGGAUUGAAUGGUUUAUCAGAUACUAUCAUUUUGGAUAUAAUAUCAAACUAUCUGGUGCUUCCCAAUCGAAUCACCGUUCCACUUGUCAGUGAAGUUCAAAUAGCUCAGUUGCGGUUUCCUGUACCAAAGGGUGUUCUAAGGAUACAUUUUAUUGAAGCUCAGGAUCUUCAGGGGAAAGACACUUACCUUAAGGGACUUGUCAAGGGAAAGUCAGACCCCUAUGGAAUCAUUAGAGUUGGCAACCAAAUCUUCCAAAGCAGAGUCAUCAAGGAGAACCUCAGUCCAAAGUGGAAUGAAGUCUAUGAGGCUUUAGUGUAUGAACAUCCUGGACAAGAAUUAGAGAUUGAGCUCUUUGAUGAAGACCCAGACAAGGAUGACUUUUUAGGAAGUCUUAUGAUUGACCUCAUUGAAGUUGAAAAGGAGCGCCUUUUAGAUGAAUGGUUCACUCUGGACGAGGUUCCCAAGGGGAAGCUACACUUGAGACUGGAGUGGCUCACUUUAAUGCCAAAUGCGUCAAACCUUGAUAAGGUGCUAACAGACAUCAAAGCUGACAAAGACCAAGCCAACGAUGGUCUUUCUUCUGCAUUGCUGAUCUUGUACUUGGAUUCAGCAAGGAACCUUCCGAGUAACCCAUUAGAAUUUAACCCCGAUGUCUUGAAGAAGACUGCAGUUCAGAGAGCUUUAAAGUCAGGGAAGAAAAUAAGCAGCAACCCAAAUCCUGUUGUCCAGAUGUCAGUUGGGCACAAGGCCCAGGAGAGCAAGAUUCGAUACAAAACCAAUGAACCUGUGUGGGAGGAAAACUUCACUUUCUUCAUUCACAAUCCCAAGCGCCAGGACCUUGAAGUUGAGGUCAGAGACGAGCAGCACCAGUGUUCCCUGGGGAACCUGAAGGUCCCCCUCAGCCAGCUGCUCACCAGUGAGGACAUGACUGUGAGCCAGCGCUUCCAGCUCAGUAACUCGGGUCCAAACAGCACCAUCAAGAUGAAGAUUGCCCUGCGGGUGCUCCAUCUCGAAAAGCGAGAAAGGCCUCCAGACCACCAACACUCAGCUCAAGUCAAACGUCCCUCUGUGUCCAAAGAGGGAAGGAAAACAUCCAUCAAAUCUCAUAUGUCUGGGUCUCCAGGCCCUGGUGGCAGCAACACAGCUCCAUCCACACCAGUCAUUGGGGGCAGUGAUAAGCCUGGUAUGGAAGAAAAGGUCCAGCCCCCUGAGGCCGGCCCUCAGGGGCUGCACGACCUGGGCAGAAGCUCCUCCAGCCUCCUGGCCUCCCCAGGCCACAUCUCAGUCAAGGAGCCGACCCCCAGCAUCGCCUCGGACAUCUCGCUGCCCAUCGCCACCCAGGAGCUGCGGCAAAGGCUGAGGCAGCUGGAAAACGGGACGACCCUGGGACAGUCUCCACUGGGGCAGAUCCAGCUGACCAUCCGGCACAGCUCGCAGAGAAACAAGCUUAUCGUGGUCGUGCAUGCCUGCAGAAACCUCAUUGCCUUCUCUGAAGACGGCUCUGACCCCUAUGUCCGCAUGUAUUUAUUACCAGACAAGAGGCGGUCAGGAAGGAGGAAAACACACGUGUCAAAGAAAACAUUAAAUCCAGUGUUUGAUCAAAGCUUUGAUUUCAGUGUUUCGUUACCAGAGGUGCAGAGGAGAACGCUCGACGUUGCCGUGAAGAACAGUGGCGGCUUCCUCUCCAAAGACAAAGGGCUCCUUGGCAAAGUAUUGGUUGCUCUGGCAUCUGAAGAACUUGCCAAAGGCUGGACCCAGUGGUAUGACCUCACGGAAGACGGGACGAGGCCUCAAGCGAUGUCAUAGCCGCAGCAGGCAGGAGGGUCCUCUUCAGCGUAGCUCUGCACCUCUACCCGGAACACACCCUCUCACAGACGCACCAAUGUUAUUUUUAUAAUUUCAUGGAUUUAGUUAUACAUACCUUAAUAGUUUUAUAAAAUUGUUGACAUGUUAGGCACAUUUGGCCAAUAUUAUCAUUGAAUUUUCUGUGUUGGAUUUCCUCUAGGAUUUCGCCAGUUCCUACAAUGUGCAGUAGGGCGGCGGUAGCUCUUGUGUCUGUGGACUCUGCUCAGCUGUGUCCGUAGGAGUCGGAUGUGUCUGUGCUUUAUUAUGGCCUUGUUUAUAUAUCACUGAGGUAUACUAUGCCAUGUAAAUAGACUAUUUUUUAUAAUCUUUACAUGCUGGUUUAAAUUCAGAAGGAAAUAGAUCAAGGAAAUAUAUAUAUUUUCUUCUAAAACUUAUUAAAUUCGUGUGACAAAUAAUCAUUUUCAUCUUUGCAGCAAAAAGUUCUCAGUGACCUAUUUUGUGGUGUUUCUUUUUGAAAAGAAAAGCUGAAAUAUUAUUAAAUGUUAGUAUGUUUCUGCCCAUUAUGAAAGAUGAAAUAAAGUAUUCAAAAUAUUAACAUUUUCAUAAAUACAAGGAUGUAUUAUUGAGAAGUAAGUUGAAGGGCUUAUAAGGAAAAAUGUUUUAUAACUGAGUAAUAUAAGAUAUUAAGAGAAUUGUCAUGGUUCAUAAAUCACAUUGUGCUAAUCUGAAAUUUCUUACAUAAAAAUGAAAUGUCUUAUGUUUAUUUUAAUUGCUGUUGUAACUUACUCAUGAAACAGUAUACAGACACCUUGUACUUUUCCUCAACUGUAAGAGCAGACUUUCAAUGUUAGCAAUUAAGCUGUUGUCAAAUAACCAGUCAUGAGCUUUGUUAAUUUUCAAUGUUUUCCCAGCCUAUAAAAAAAGGAAGGUACACGUUGUCCUUUUAAAGGUUGUGAGGUAGAUUGGGGUGAGUAGACAGGAUAUUGCAUUAAAAAUUGAAAGCUCGAUCUCAUUAUUGUCAGGAACCCCCAGUGUGACCUCACACAUAGGAUGUGGGACCUUUGAGCCGAUGUGCACUGGCCACCACCAGGGUUGGGGGUGCCACAGCUGCGAGCCCGGCCCCUGCUGUUCUCAGCAGCCACUUCCCAGGCUGCCUCACUUUAUGCCAUGACUGACCUUAAUAUUGGGAUAUUGUUAUGCAAUUUUUAUCCUGUUUAGACUGUUAAAAGCAGGUUUCUGUACUUAACAGUCCCCCAGACCUCCUGUGAGGUGAGGCUCUGUUGCAGUGUCAUAGGCUGUGUGUGUCUGUAAAGAAAGAAUGCACAUAUGUAGACGAUUAAGUGUAUAUUAUAAGCUAUAUGCUGAAAAUGGCUUCCAUAGCCAUGAGAACAUCUUAAAACUAUGUAUAAAUAUAUUAAGGAAAGUAUAGCUUUGUAAUUUAAAUUGGAGCUUUUAGCUUGUUUCAUGGAACUAUACAACUUGUGGGUAACUCACAUGACCAAACAAACCAAAGUGCCUGUGACGGGGCGGGUGGCAUCUACCCACCCUCCCUUCUAGCAGAUUCUUAUUUUGUUUGAAUUUAUAAACAAGGCUGGUGGCUGUCUACCCACCCUCCCUUCUAGCAGAUUUUGAUUUUGUUUCAAUUUAUAACUUACACUUUGAACCAUGGGUUUACUUAUAAUGGAGUCUGUAGCUUCACAGCAUAUUUCAUGUAAUCAUAAAGACCAGUAUAUUCUCUCCUGCUGAAUGACAUGCGACUGUAAAGCCUCUUUAUAAACCAUUUCCAAUGUUAGUAUAUAGGAUUAUUUGGGAAGCGUAUCAAUACCUUUAUAGACACAUACGAACGUGUAUGCACACAAAACAUUUAACUAUGGUAUUUAUGGAAGACAGGUAACAACAUUAAAUCUAGUUGCUUUCCCUCAGUAUUAGAUUUGUUGAGGGUUUUUUAAAAAUCAGGUCUGUUGAAAGUCUUCUGUCAUCAUCUAUAAAGCAGCAGCACUCAUGGAAAUUGUAGCAUGCCAGUAAUUUUUACCAACAUCCCAUACAUCUGAGUUCUGCAGUCCAGUGUGUAAUCCGCUCCAUGUGUAUUUUGCUUAAUGGAAUGCUUUAUUUAAGCACUUAGGCAGAGUAGACACAAUUAAAGGUACAAAGCCCAGAGGAAGUGGUAGAGCAGCACCGUGCCUGCCCUGAGGCAGUGGAGUCAGUAGCGCUGUCUCUAGGGCCUUGAGUGCCUGGAGGUUCUUGGCCUCCAGUAGCUGUCUCCAUUCUCUUUUUAAAAAAGGGGGUGAUUCUGAGGCACUGAAGUACCUCCCAGAUGUGGAGGAGUGAAGCCACCAUCGAGGCCACACUCAGCACUCCAGGAUCCCAGCGAUGUCAGACACUCUUGAGUUGUCAAAACGUUAAUUCUCAGUUUUAAAUAAUCAGUUUAUCUAAGAAAAGGGAAUUUUAACUUUUCUACCUUGAGCCAAGCCAAUGAAGGGAAAAUUAAUUAACUUAGUAAAUUUGAAGUGCAGCUCUGUUAGCUCGUACAUGUGGGUUCUUAUCCUGAUCCUGUGCCUUAAAGUAGGAAGGUGUUUCCAAGUUCAGAUUAAAAUAGAAGCAGCUGGCCGGGUGCGGUGGCUCACGCCUGUAAUCCCAACACUUUGGGAGGCCGAGGCGGGCGGAUAACUUGAGGUCAGGAGUUCAAGACCAGCCUGGCCAACAUGGAGAAACCCCGUCUUUACUAAAAAUACAAAAAUUAGCCGGGCGUGGUGGUGGAGCGCACGCCUGUAGUCCCAGCCACUCGGGAGGCUGAGGCAGGAGGAUCGCUUGAACCCAGGAGGCGGAGGUUGCAGUGAGCCAAGAUCGCACCACUGCACUCCAGCCUGGGCAACAGAGUGAGACUCCGUCUCAAAAAAUAAAUAAAAUAGAAGCAGCCUUGUAACUGUAUUUACCAUGAUAAUAUAUUCUGCACGGUAAGAAUUCCUUUUACAGACAUUCUUUAUCAAGAGGUCGGCCCUUCUUUUUCAGGCACGUAAGCCAAAUGCAGGCCUGUGUGUAGCUGUGUGUUUUUUCUGUGGUUGCCGCAUUUAUUCCACCUCCAGCUGGACCCCCCACUGCAAAUAGAGAACAGCGGUGGGGGAUGGGGGUUAAAAAGUAGAGAACGGCCUUUCUGUUCAACUAAUUUCACGUGACAGUGCAUGUAUUUAUUCAAUAAAACCUUUAUGUUAGCUCA